GGUUUUGGACAUAAUUCAAGUUCUGGUAUAAAAACCGAAGAAAAAGAGUCCUAUUCUUAUCAAAAUCAAAUCAUCAUCAUCUCUCAUCACCGCUUUAAAAUUAGAUCAGAAUUUUCAUUUUCUAGAGAGAAAUGGAGAAAGCUAUUAACAGACAAAGAGUUUUGUUAGAACAUCUUCGUCCAUCAUCUUCUCAGAGAAGCGAAUCUGUGAUCUCUCCGUCCAUUUGUUCAGCUGGAGACAGUGCUGCAUAUCAAAGAACUGCUGCUUUUGGUGACGAUGUUGUGAUUGUCGCUGCGUACCGAACUGCCCUUUGCAAGUCAAAACGUGGAGGUUUCAAAGAUACCCUUCCUGAUGACAUACUUGCACCUGUUCUCAGGGCUGUGAUGGAAAAAACUAAUGUUAACCCGGCUGAGGUUGGAGAUAUUGUUGUUGGAACGGUCUUGGCACCAGGCUCCCAGAGAGCAAGUGAAUGCCGUAUGGCAGCAUUUUAUGCUGGUUUCCCUGACACUGUGCCCAUUAGAACCGUGAACAGACAAUGCUCAUCUGGUCUACAGGCAGUUGCUGAUGUAGCUGCUGCCAUAAAAGCCGGAUUUUAUGAUGUUGGAAUUGGAGCUGGCCUGGAGUCGAUGACAGUAAAUCCCAUGGCCUGGGAAGGGUCGAUUAAUCCUAGAGCCAGCACCAUUAAACAAGCCCAAGAUUGUUUACUUCCCAUGGGAAUCACUUCUGAAAAUGUUGCUCAUCGAUUUGGUGUAACAAGAACGGAGCAAGACCAGGCCGCUGUUGAAUCUCACAGACGUGCCGCUGCAGCGACUGCAGCUGGAAAAUUCAAAGAUGAGAUAGUACCUGUGCACACGAAGAUCGUGGACCCAAAAACUGGAGAAGAAAAAUCUGUUACCAUAUCUGUGGAUGAUGGUAUUCGUCCAAGCACAACAGUGGCAGAUUUGGCAAAGUUGAGGACUGUCUUUAAAAAGGAUGGGACCACCACAGCAGGAAACUCUAGUCAAGUGAGUGAUGGCGCUGGAGCAGUUCUCCUUAUGAAGAGAAGUUUAGCUAUGCAGAAAGGCCUUCCAAUUUUGGGUGUAUUCAGGAGCUUUGUUGCUGUUGGAGUCGAACCCGAUGUCAUGGGUGUUGGUCCAGCUGUUGCAAUUCCAGCUGCAGUGAAGGCCGCUGGUCUUGAACUUGAUGAUAUUGAUCUUUUUGAAAUAAAUGAGGCUUUUGGAUCCCAAUUUGUGUACUGCCGUAACAAACUGGGUCUUGAUCCAGCCAAAGUGAAUGUUAAUGGAGGUGCUAUGGCCAUUGGGCAUCCUCUUGGUGCUACAGGAGCGCGUUGCGUUGCAACUCUCUUGCAUGAGAUGAAGCGGCGAGGCAAGGAUAGCCGAUUUGGAGUGAUAUCCAUGUGCAUUGGCACGGGAAUGGGAGCUGCAGCUGUAUUCGAGAGAGGUGACUGUGUCGAUGAGCUACGCAAUGCACGCCAGAUCCAAGCCCACAACUUCCUAUCCAAGGAUGCCCGAUAAAACAAUUACAGAUAAUGACGUCAAGCUGAUCAUAAAUUCAUGGUCAGGAAAUAGCAGAUGUGGUGAGUGUAUGGUGUUUUGAUUAAUAAAUCAGUGAAAUAAGAUAGCUGUCAAAGGUCUCGAUUAUCCUUGUGUCAACAAUUUACUUUGUAUUACACUAUUGAGACGUGGUAGUCAUUUGGGUAGGAUCAAAAAUUUGUUGGUAUCUUUGUAUUAAAGCCAUAUUCCUAGUGAAAAACGUUUUACAUUUUUAUGUGCA